AUGAACACCCGUAAAGAAUUGUGUCAGCAAAACCUUUUGGCGGUCGAAGAAGACCCGGGGUUGCUUCAGAGAGUUAUUACAGGUGAUGAGUCAUGGAUUUACGGUUAUGACAUUGAAACCAAAGCCCAAUCUUCGCAGUGGUGUUUCAAAGGAGAGCGUCGACCGAAAAAAAUCAGGCAAAGCAGAUCCAAUGUCAAGGGUAUUGUGCACCAUGAAUUUUUGCCGUACGGUUCUACGGUCACUAAGGAGUAUUACCAGGAAGUUUUAAGAAGAUUGCGCGAGAAUGUUCGGCGCAAGAGGCCAGAGCUUUGGAAGAACAAUUCGUGGGUUCUUCACCACGACAAUGCACCGGCGCACACUUCGCUUCUAAUAGCAAAUUUUUUGCAAAAAUAUUCGAUCACCGUCUUACCCCAAGCCCCGUAUUCACCCGACCUAGCCCCCUGCGACUUUUUCCUCUUCCCAAAAAUUAAAACACACUUGAAGGGACAAAGAUUUGACACGCCAGAGGAAAUCAAACAAAAUUCGCAGACGCAACUCAGGGCGAUACCGGAGUCAGCUUUCCAAAACUAUUUUGAAGAGUGGAAAAAAAGGUGGAAUAAGUGUAUUGCAGCCGAGGGGGCCUACUUUGAGGGGGACAAAACGAAUUUGGAUGAUUGA